UCUGGGGCAUCCAGUCGUCGACCAUCGCGCCAUGGCUUGGUCUCGUGGGCGAUGCCGGGCGAAGUGCUGAAAUGUUGCGCAGAGGAUCUCUUUCCCUCGCCCAUUGGGCGAGCCGACCCCGACCGAAGCUUUUGGCAUUGAGCCGAUCUCUGGUGAAUGCAGAGACUCCUAGUUCAGAGGAGCCGCAGCCGCAGCCACCAAGUGAUGCCCUGGUGACAAGAGGGGUGCGCGUCUACAGGCGGAAACGAGCUGAGCAUUGGAGAACUUUCCAAUGGGGCAUCGGUAGCAGGUUCCGCAUGCAGGGCAAGAAUCGUUUCAUGCCGGUGCACAAGCCGCACCCCAUGAAUUCUGUGGUUCGAGACAACUACUAUGACAGCGACAAUCCGCGCAUCGUAUGGAACGAGCUUCGCGAGGGCUGGGAGGUGUUUUGGUACGAAAAUCAGAAACUCACAGCAAAACCAUUCCCUGUGAAGAAGUACGGCCUUGAACGCGCCAAAGUUGAAGCGUUUCAAUUCUACAGUGAGUUGGAGGCUGCAAAGAAGACGGGCCCGCAGAAACGGAUUGAGCCACCACAGGAAGGCGUCUUCUAUGAUCGGCGAAUGCAGGGCUGGGUGAGCCUCUUUUGGAGAGACGGUCGCCCGCAGUCGCGGUGCUUCUCUGCGACGAAGUAUGGCUUUGAGGGUUCGAAGAUGUUGGCCAUGGCCAAGCAGAGCGAUCCCGUGAAUGGUGUGUUGCCAGUGCAAGGUGGAGCAGGAACUCCCAUCAUCCUGAAGGAGAAGGGGAAGACUUCCUACGAGAACAAGUACAAAGGUGGACCCACUGGCCUGAAGUACAAAUAGAGUGAAGAUGCAAA